AGUCACCUAUUUGUGCACCUCUAUUUCAAUAUUAUAUUUUUUUUAAUUGAUUUUUCUUUUAAUUACAGCUCAAUUAGAGUUAUCCUAAUCCUUUCUUCUCCUUUUCAGAGGUACUGCAACCCACAGUUUUGAUAUUCUCGUUCUACAAAUUUUCGUUCCUUUACAUUCAUUCAAUGAAUCUCAUUUACAAAUCUCGCUUGUACACUCCAAGAGUAAGGUCUUCCAUAGUUGUGUUUUCCUUCAACAACACUUGUCUUUUGUUCUAUUUGAAUCACUCUUGUACUUGUCUUUUGUUUUUCGACCACCGUGCUCAGUAAUGAUGAAAACCAAGACCAUUUCCGAACUUUACUUAAAGUCCUCUUUCGUUUUAUAUGCUUGGAGUGACAUAUUGUUCCACUUUAAAAAUGGGUCAUCUAUCAUCGUAUAUGAACAUCUUUUUUGGAUUCCUGUUAACAAAAUUUUCAAGAAACACUACUUAUUUGCGUAAUUGAGUGAAAUUUAUGUUAGACCUUAUCCACGUGUUGGAGAGACUUUUUCUUAUAUUUGUUUUGCAUCUUUUAACUCCAUUUUUAUUCCUAAUUUUUUAUUAAUUAUUUAGAAUUGAUUUUAAUGCUAUGUGUAAUUUGUGAGUUACGUUUUGCAAACUCUGCAAACUACCGCCGCCGAUUUUAGAGUCGUUGUUUAUGCACUGUCGAUCUACCGUUAAAGGUAAAAGUUCCUGUUAAUAGUUGUAUUUUGUGAUAGCGUAGAAAUAAGGUAAUAGGUGAUACAAGGUUCUUUGAUUUUAUGAAUAUAAUAUUUCUAGAUAUUCAUCUCAGAUUUGUCACGUACAUAUGAGCCUUUUAAGUAAUAAUUAAUCAAGAAUACAUGAAUAACAGUGAGGAGUAUAAUAUGACUUAAAAGCCUAUAGAAUUGUUAUGAAUUAAUUUAUGUCACGAUUGUAUGAUAUUUGAUUUUUGUGAAAUCUUGUGUUAAUUUCUAUUGAAUAGAUGAUGUGUAUUUGAGUGUUCUUCUUUACUUGAAAGAAGUUCUGAUUUUACUUAAAUGCACUACUUGCUAGAUUUUCUACUUUAUGAUUGAUAAGACUUGAUUGUUCAUUGUGGUUAUGUGUACACUUGAUUUAAGGUAUGAGAGAUUUUAGAGAGAUGAACGCUUGUGUUUUUGGACGAUUGCAAGGUAAGGGCUCCUUCCAAGGACCUAUUUGUGUGACUGAUGUUCGAAUCUAUGAUAAAUGUUGUUGAUGUGAUUAUGUAUUCAUAACUGAUAAUAUGUGUUUACUAUAUGUUAUGAAUUUCUUGAUGAUAAUAUGUCAUGAGGAUGCUCUGUAAAAAAGUGUUGAAUGAUUAUUAGUAUUUAGUGAGUAUUAAAAGUAAAGUCUUUUAAUACCUACAUUUACACAAGAAUUAUUGUGAAAGAAUUAUAGUAUGCUCAUGUAUUUCAUAGUUAUAGUGACAGUGAUGGACCAUAGGGUGGUAUCACGUGAUUGGAUGGUUCAUUUUAUCCUCACUAGGAUUAUUGAGUUGUGUUGGUAUGUGAUAAACUGCAUUGUGUUGGUUCGUGAUAGACUGCACCUCGCAUGUAGGUCCUUCACAUACUUUGCUCUUUCUACGGCAUCCCUAUGCAAAACAUCAUCGUUAAGAGGUAAAGGAAGCAAAUCAAGUGAAGUUAGUGCAUUCAAUAUGCAACCUCAAAUGGAGAAAAUGAUGUGGUCCCAUAUGGAACUCAGUUAUAUGCACAUUCAACAAAUUACAAACACUCUUCUUGUGAAAGUGCAUCAGGUGUUGGCACGAGCGAGAUUUUUGUUGUGUUUGAUUGUGGUAGCAAUAGUUGUUGAAAAAGCUAUAAUUGAGAAAUUGGGCUUUUGCCCUGAGAUGACACCCAAGUUCGUUUUACCGACUGCUACCUUGACAAAGGAAACGUCGUUAAACUUCCCUGACCGACAUUCACCGAUUGCUUGGAUAUACGACUCCAUCUCAAGCAGGGCUACAUAUACGAGGAGAGUGGUGAGGAAAAGUAAGAGAGUUGGAGAAGUAUUUCUCGUAGAGCUCACUCACGAGAGGAUCAAUUGUCAUGUACCCUCAGGAUUGGUACUUGGGGCGAAUGGAGCAUGGGAAGAUGCAAAGGAUGCUUUAGUUAGAGGUGAAACGAAGGCUACCAUGGGUCUGUGACUCCCAUCGUAGGAGUCGAGGAUGCAAUGCUUAGAUUGAGGGCUGACAAGAAGGAUAAGGGGCCGAUGCUAGCGGGAGAAGAUAUUGCAGGACCAUCUAGACGAGUCGAGUUAGAGCUUCCAAUUUUGGUGAAUAAUCCUCAACCGACUGUAAUUGUGUACUUAACUGUUUUGAGAUUCCAGCACCGCUGAAGCCACCUAUCUCGUGGGUGGACUUGACCUUUGAGGAGACUGAUCCCUUUAUGGCUGAUGAGGAGGAGGAAGUUACUUCAAGGAGAGAUAUUGCGUUAGAAGGAACUUGUGCAGUGUGUGGAGGUCACUCUUAUACUGUAGUUGUUAGUGGAUGAUUAGAUUAGUUUUUAUUGUAUAGGGCCUUAGCUUUUUUUUUUUCUUUUGAUGGUUGUACUUAUUUUAUUUUGGGAUGACUAUAUCUAUGACAUUCCUCGAUAGUUGAUUUUUUGGUGGGUCAAUGUUCCAUUUUUUAUGUGACCGUGGGGAGAUAGCAUUCUUGGAGCAGUACUUCUGUGCAGGUGUCUGUCGAGAAUACUCCAAGGAAUGAACGAUGUCUGAUAGGUCUCAUAGCCUUAGUGUAUUUUCUAUUUGUA